CGUUGAUUGUUUGUUGUGUAAUGACGAGAAAGCAGCCGAUAUAGCACAUUGCUUUGUCAGCUAUUGGGGAUAAGCAUUGUUCAUGGACAAGAAAUAGCCAGAUAACAAGAUGAGGAUCGCUUGUCUAGUUUAGACCAAUUGAAGAAAGUGAAAAUUGUCAUAGCAUAAGGUUCGAUUUUCCGUGAAACCAUGGAAGAAGUGAAGAUGGAACCUGAUAAUUCAGGAAGCCAAAACACUAUCAGACCAAAUGGGUCUGACUGUGACCCUGUUCAUGGCUCGAGUCAGAGUGCAGAGGGGGUUAGUUUAGAGAAGAAUGAUGGAUAUGAGUCUGUAGAAACCAAGAGUGAAGGUGAAGAGGCAGUAUCUGAAAAAACGGGGAAGUUCCAUGUUGACAAGUCCUUGAUUCCGGCUGCUCAGCUCAAUGAUAUCCAGGAAUUCUCGGAACUUGAAGGCUUAGGGCUGGAUGUCUUUAACCAGGAGGACUUUGAACAAGGUGUGAUGGCCCAGGUAGACCAGGUGUUAGCUGCAGAAGAGGAAGAAAGGAAACAGAAAAUCAUUGAGAAGCAAAUGAAAGCAGUGGAAGAUGAUAUCAAGUUGGUCAAGCAGGAAAUGCUGGACAUUGAGAGAAUUUUGACCAGCCUCAGCGGUGGUCAGUCUGACUACACCAAGCGAAGAAUUGACUCUGUUCGCAGACAAAAGGAGAACAAGAUCAGUCAUAUGAAGACACUGCAGGCCAAAAAGAAGUCACUUCUUCGUAAGUUACCUGGAGCGUCAACAGAGGAGGAGGGUGAAGACUGUGAAAAUUUCGACUUAAACCAGGUAUUGGGUCUAACGGCUGGACCUUCCAAGGAAACUGAGCGUGAAAAGAUGAUACGUCUUGGUGAAAUGACACCUUUUGGGACAGUCGUAUCGAAACCUACCUCUUCAUCAACCAAGAAAUCUUCAUCCUUAUCGUUAUCACAGAAGUCUUCAUUUGAUCAAUUCUUCAUAGACAAGGAUCAUUCCAGGAUAUCUCAGAAUAAACCGGCAGCCAAAGUUCAGUCCGAAUUAAAUAGAAAACUGGAAAGAAUGAAAGCAAGUCUGUCAGAGGACUCUAAAAAAUCUGAAAAGAAAAAGAAGCAAGAAAAAUCUACCUCAGAUGAAGAUAAAAAACCAGGCAAAUCAAAGUCAAAACGAAAAAAUCUGUUUGGCGAAAGAGACAAAAGACAUUCUAGCGACGAAUAUCAGCCAAACGAACAAGAAUUAGCCAUGAACAGCGAUCUGAGCGACCAAGAAAUUAGAGAGCAAAUAAAGAAAAAGAACAAAAGUCCAAAAAAAGGUUUUGGCCGACCCAAAAAGCCUCCUAAAUAUCAUGAAACUGACAGCGACUCGGACGAUGCAGGAACACCUCAGAAAAAGCGAUUUAGUAGUGAAGUAAGAAUAAAAAAGGUCAUAGACGAUGGAUGUGAAGACGACUACGAUGACAGAAUGAGAGAAUUCAAUAAAGCAGAAAGAGAGAGGAUGCAAAGAGUGGAGAACAAAGAGGAGAGCGAUGAGGAAGACGAAGAACUGGAGGGAGGCCUACGGGUACCAGGGCGUAUCUGGUCAAAACUAUUCAAGUACCAGCAGACAGGUGUGAGUUGGUUGUGGGAGCUUCAUGGUCAGCAAGCAGGCGGCAUUGUUGGGGAUGAAAUGGGACUUGGCAAGACUAUAGAGAUGAUCGCCUUUCUGGCCGCACUCAGGCAUAGCAGACUUAAAGAUAAAAAUUUCUCAUACCAGGGUCUUGGCCCAACAAUCAUCGUCUGUCCCACUACUGUGAUGUACCAGUGGGUCAAGGAGUUCCAUACCUGGUGGCCAUUGUUCCGAGUGGCCAUUCUGCACUCCUCUGGCUCCUACACCUGUUCAGAGGCGGAGCUUGUGCGGAGUAUCGUGAAGGAUCGCGGAGUGCUGAUCACCUCCUUCAACACAUUUGUCAUCCACCAGGCGCUGCUCAUUAAAUAUAACUGGCACUAUGUGGUUCUGGACGAGGGCCACAAGAUCCGCAACCCAGACGCACAGGUCACAGUUGCUGUGAAGCAGUUUCGGACUUACCACAGAAUCAUUCUGUCUGGUUCCCCGAUACAGAACAACUUGAAGGAGUUAUGGUCCCUGUUUGACUUCGUGUUUCCAGGGAAACUUGGCACCUUACCAGAUUUUAUGGCCCACUUCUCUGUACCUAUUGUACAGGGGGGCUACUCCAAUGCUUCAGAAGUACAGGUGAUGACGGCGUACAAGUGUGCUUGUGUACUGAGAGAUACCAUCAACCCGUACCUUCUGAGGCGCAUGAAGGCUGACGUAAAAAUAGACCUUCCCAACAAGAAUGAGCAGGUACUGUUCUGCCGAUUAACAGAUGAACAGCGACAGGUAUACAUGGAGUACUUACAGUCCCGCGAGUGUCAGGCCAUCCUUUCUGGCAAGUUCCAGGUGUUUGCUGGUCUGAUUACCCUGAGGAAGAUCUGUAACCAUCCCGACCUGUGUACAGGUGGGCCUCGUCUCUACAUCGGAGAGGAGCCUGGGGAGGAUGUCGACCUUCAGUUUGGCUAUAAGGGUCGAUCUGGGAAGAUGAUUGUUGUGGAGUCGCUACUGAGACUGUGGAAGAAACAAGGACACAAGGCUCUGUUCUUCUCCCAGAGUAGGGCUCUGCUGGACAUCAUGGAGAAAUUUGUUCAGAAGGAGGGCUAUAACUACCUUAGGAUGGAUGGAGGGACGGCCAUCUCAGGGAGACAAAGUCUGAUCAACAGGUUCAACAAGGACAACUCCAUCUACCUGUUUCUGUUGACAACGAGAGUGGGUGGGCUCGGUGUGAACCUGAUCGGUGCCAAUCGUGUGAUCAUUUUCGACCCAGACUGGAAUCCCAGUACCGACACCCAGGCAAGAGAGAGAACAUGGAGGAUUGGUCAGGAACGGCAGGUGACCAUCUACCGUCUGGUGACCACGGGUACGAUAGAGGAGAAAAUCUACCACAGACAAAUCUUCAAGCAGUUCCUUACCAAUCGCGUGCUAAAGGACCCAAAGCAGAGACGAUUCUUCAAGUCCAAUGACCUAUAUGAACUGUUUGAGCUGGGGAAUGCUGAUGGUCGAGAACAGACAGAAACAGGGGCUCUGUUUGCUGGUACAGGGUCAGAGGUCAAGGUCAGUUCUCUGAUGUCUCAGAGCAAGAGCAGGGUCAAGGAUGAUCGGGUCAAAAAGAGCUCUAAGGUCAGCAAAAACAGAUUUGAUGUUAUGCUAGAAGAAAAAGAAAGAGAAAAGAAGGAACAAGAAAGGAGAAAGGAAGAAGAGGAGCGAGAGAGAAGAGAAAUGGAGGUGAGGAUGGAGAGUGGAGACAGUGAAGAUGAGGUGGAAGGAAUGUACGCCCUGGCUGAAAAGAUACGACAAGAGAUCAAACAAGAGGAGGAGGAGGAAGGCGGAUCAGGAGCAUCUGAUUGGUCGGUAAAGAAUCGUGGAGGGAGAACUAGUAGCACAGAGGAGGUCACAGUAAAGAGAGAACCAAGCUUUGAUAACAUUGACUCCAAGCCUAAUAGUUCAGGGUCUGAUUCUAGACCUGGUAGUGGCUCCGGACCAGGUCCUGCUGACCAAAAUGGAAAUCCUGACAACAGAGGGGGACAGGCCCAGUCGCAGAUCUUGGAACAGAUACUCAAAAGAAAGCAUGAUCUCCAGAAAAAGUUUGGUACCGAUGGAACCCAUAGAACGCAUAGGGACAGAGAAAGUGGUAGGGAAAAACAUCGUAAUGAGGAGGAGGAAGCUACAUCAACCUCCGCUUCAUCCUCUCACAGAAAACACAGACACAAGGAGCACGGUGAGGAAGGCACACAUUCACAAGGACUUGAUGAGGAUCACAAGAGGAGACACAAGAAACAUGGACACAAGGAGCACAGAGAGGGAGCGUCACACUCACAAGGACUUGAUGAGGAUCACAAGAGGAGACACAAACACAGACACAAAGAUGACAGAAAAGGUUCCGGUGACGAGGAAAGGCACCACCACGGCAGGCGGAAACAUAAAAAGAGGAAACACAGGGAUGCAAAGUUUGAGGGUGAAAGGAUUCCGAAUUUGGUCAAACUGGAUGAAUACAAGACAGAGCUAUCAAAGGAAAAGGAAGAGGAUGGAAAGAGGAUGGAUGAUUAUGUUCUGAAAACCUUGUUCAAGAAAACAGGAAUACAGAGUGCACUGAAGCACGACGUGAUCAUGGACUCCAGCAAACACGAUUACAUGAUUGUAGAGGUGGAAGCUGACCGUGUUGCCAAGGAAGCCAUGAAGGCCUUGAAAAGGUCAAGGUCACAGUGCUCCUCUGCAAUCUCCGGUGUGCCAACUUGGACAGGCCAAUCUGGGGCUAUCAAAAAGCCGAGAUUUGGACUGAAGAAGAACAGUCUAUUGAUCGAAAAAUCCACAAAACCUGAUGCAUCAAAACCUGUGCAACUGAAGAAAUCAGAAAGCAGUGGAUCUUCCAGCACCGCGACAUCGAGCACAGCGACAUCGAGUACAGCGACAUCAGGUCCUCCGUCUAAGCACCACUUUGACGGUUCACUUGCUGGAAAUGUUGUGAAGGACAUUGCAACAGGCAGCUCUGAAGCAUCUAUGAUGACCUCGGGCGAACUGCUCAGCAGGAUGCGACAACGAAACGAGGGCACACAGGAAAAAACAGAGGAUGGAGAAGAUGCUGGGACUGCCGCAGAUCCCGAAGCGUUCAAACUUAUCACAGACAUUCGCAAUUUCAUCAUGUUUGAGUGUGACCUGAUCGGAGAGGCAACGACCGAUGAAAUUUUGACAGAAUUCGGACCAAAACUGCCUAAAGCAGAUUCGGUGAAAUUCAAGGCCAUGCUUCAGGAAAUAUGUGACUACGAUAAGAAGCAUGGGGUUGGAUGCUGGAGAGUUAGAAAUGAGUUCAGAUAGUUUCUGUGUUAACCGAGAUGAAAGUGUCCGAGUACCAGGUAAAUGGCAAUAUGUUUUUUUUUUACUUUUUUUGAGUGGAGAAAGUGGAUCCUCUUUAAUGAACACCAAUUCUAAAAUAAGCUCCCAGUGAUACAGCAAGUGGUAAAAGAAAAAAGAAAACUUCAACAUUAAUGUAAGUUGUAACCAAUGAGGAAUUAUUACUGAAAUGGGGAACACAUACUCAACUUACAGCUAUAUGCUGUUUGAGGGGGGCUAACGAGGGUGAGCCAAACUAAAAAGGGUGCACCACUUUCUUGUAUAAAUGGGAGUGAAUAUGUGUUUUGAAUCUGAUUUUAUUGUUUAAAAUGUAAGAAUUUGAGUGUUAAAGUAUUAGUUAUUUUAAUGCAGGUGUAAAAAUGUGUCCUAGACAAAAAGGCAGCAGUGUGUUGUUUUAGGAUGAAUGAUGUUUUCUGUUUCUUUAUUAACCUGUGUAUGUAUUUAUAAAGAAUCCCUAGUCUUAGGCAUUACAGACAGAAAGAAGGAAUCAUGCUUUUUGUAAUUUUAUCACUGCUUUUAGAGGCUAGAUUCAAUGAAGUAUAACAUUUGGGUUUGAAAAUGUAUGACAAUAUUUCAUAUUUAUGUAUUUGAAAACAAACAAUUGUGUGCAAUAAGAAAUAUGUGUAUGUUAAAAAUUCCAGUUCAUUAGUGAUCCUGCUAGCUAUCAUAGCCAUUAAAAUACCACUUUCCUUCAAUUACGGGUGAUACAAUUCUUGUUCAAAAAUCAUAUGUAAGCUGUCAUGUUGUACGUUUCAAUUUUUAUACCUGUUAUAUACAUAUUUCCAUUCAUUAAACCUGCAGGGAAAACAAAUCGGGAAUCAGGCUAGUAAUUUUCACCUUGAGCAAUCAUUUAUCAAUUACCUUUUGAUAUAUUUUCUCUAUUUCUAUUUGGAUAAGUAUCCUUAUAAGUGUGAGUUGAAUAUCUAUAAAUUCUGUAAAAUGGAAAUUUCCCGUCCAAGCCAGUUAGCUAUAGGCUUUGUCCUAUAUUUAGAUAUAGCAUUCAAAUAACAAUGAUAAUUGACCAUAUACAUUGUAUAUGUAAAGUAAUGCAUAUUCAUGAUGCUAGUUUCAUCAUUUACCUUAGUUUAAUUUGUCAAGGGAUGCUAUGCACUUCAGGUAUGUAUACAUAUAACCAGCUGACCUCCUCACUACAGGUCAGAGGUCAGCGCUACAACCGUCUCAUUUUUCAGGGAAAAAAUUCAACAGUAGCAAAAAUAAGUCGGGAUACCUUUGUACUUUAGAGAACACUAAAAUGUGCCUAAUAAAUCUAUAUAAUUUUUGUUUUUGUAUAAUGUAUAUUAAUAUACAUUCCAAACUGUGUUUAUGAAACGUUGCUUUGUUAAAAAGUGAAGUCGUAUAACUUAUUGCUGUCUUUUUGUAAAUUAUUCGUUAUUGUAUCAACAGAAGAAUCUACAUUAAUAUGAAAAUUUUUGACUGAUAAAGUUUUAAGAUUGAGCUUUUGCUCUAGCACAAGAUGAAACAGGAAAGAUUUCACAAAGUUACCUGAAAGUUUAUACAUAUCUUAUCCACUGUAUACUGUUUAUAGAGUUUUUUGGUGACUUUAUAAUUUGGUACAUUUAUAUUUCAAAAGGUUAUAAAAUUUUGGUGGAAUUUUAAAAUAUGGAUUCUUCUUCAGGAUUGCUUCUUGUAUAUAAGAUAAUAUAAAGAUGCCUGUCUUUUAAUUACAAAAUAGAAAAUGAUUUAUAACUUGCUAAGUUUUAGAAAAGUUGUCCAUUAACAGGAAAUUGACUUGUUUUGGUGGUUAUCUUAUUUUUGUGCUUUUAUACAGAAUCGGGUAUUUCUGUUUUGGUUUUCAGUGCUUUAUUUUUCAUUUCAGGAUAUUCUUGCUUUUAUAAACUAGGAAAGUGCUGAUAAUUUAAUGCAAAAGAAAAAUUUCCCUACCACUUUGUCUGUCCCUAUCCAAAAUCCAAAUACAAUGAUCAAAACAGCAUAUUUUUUAUAAUCUAAGGUUAUUUCUGUUCUGUCACGAUAAUCCUUGUUUUCCUGCAAAAAAUUGCUCAACAGCAUUUAAUGAUCACUGAUCAUGAGGUUUCAAAGAAGAAAUUGAUAAAUAAAGGUUUUUUAC